AUGAAUCGUUUGCUGUUCACUCUGACUGUCGUUGUUCUGAUGGCUGCACAUGGUGGGUAUUGUACAACUUUGAAACUGAAUGAAUUGUAGAGUUAUCAUAUGUAUAAACAAUUUCGUCAGUUUUCGGUAUGAUCAUCGCUAAACAAUGCUGUUUGUAGGUGGCCGACAGUGAAACAAUUCAAACACAAAUGGGUGCAGAAUUACCGUCGAGUAUCAUCAGUAACAUUUGUCCUUAGCAUGUUAGGUUUUCUCUCCGUCAACCGCACAAUAACCCUGGAAAAUGUGGGUGUAUAAUGUGUAGUAAAAUAGAUCAUCAAUCUUAUUGUAAAGAAGCGGAAGAAAUCCAGGUUGAAAAUCAUUCAGAUCUUUUAGUAUUUUUUGUUUUCGCACGAUUUACGUGCAAUGAAUGGAGUUGGAUUUGGCUCAAUGUGAAUUGGUUUCGAAUAUGGGAUAUUUUAAUGGCUGAGGUUAUACUCGGGUGUUUAGUGUGAAAAAGUGCCUUUGUAAUUGUUUUAGCGGACUUUCACUCACGUAAGGGAAAAACUACAUUUUACACUCGGUUCAAGAAGAAGAAAUCUAAUCGUUAUAUUCCUCGAGUGGAAGAAGAACUUUUUGGAAAGACCGCUAACAGCCAAAUAUGAGCUUGUAAGCGAGGGACAUCACACGCCCAGAGCACAUAUAGACAAUAUUUACGAAACACGUACAUUUAGUGAGCGAAUAUCAUCACUCUUACCGUAGCUGUUGCCGAAUUUUACUACCUGAGAAAGAAGACGCAGUUAUUCUUUAAAUCAUUUCGAGCUGAACUGUUUGAAAAUGUUUAGAGACGCAGUGAAGAUUGCUUAAUCAACUCUCUUUCUACACAAUUUUUCCUCAUCAUCUAUGGCUUCGAAAUGUACUGCUUGCGACACAGUUAAUGACCAUGACGACUGUUGUAGUAAGAGCAAUUUGAAAAAAAAAAACAUUGGUGGUUGCUUUGUGAUAGAUGCAUAAGAACCUGGGCAAGAAGAGGAAGACGACUGGUGUCGAGUUUUGUUGUAAUGCUCAGUUAUUUAACGCGGUGAUCCUAAAUACCUCGGGGCGCUUUGCUUGUGUUCAAGUUCUAAAGUUGUCGUUUUUAGCAAAACGAGAUUAUUAAUUGCGUUGUUUUUGUUUUGUAAAGCCAUCUGCAAUAACAAGUCGAUCACCGAUACAGAACUAUUCAGAACCACACCACAUGGUAAAGAGUAUUUGAAACGAGGAUUUAGGACUUGAGCAAAAACUUUUUAAAGAUCUACUGACAUAUUGAACAAUAUGCGACCCAUUGGGUAAAAUACGACCCUUUAGACCCAUAUGAUCAAUACGUGGACUUUAUCCACAGUACAUGCAAAUAUUAAGUGAUUCUCUUUUAAGUGCUCAUUUGCAACUCAAGCACUGGAAAAAUCACAAUGCGGUCUCACUGUUUCAAUGACGCAGAGUGAUGCAGCAUUUUUAGACAGUUUUGCGAUGAUGCAAUAUUCAGAGCUCCAAAUGCCUCCCUCCCAGAAAAGAGGACGCCUUUAACGAAAUCGUGAGCAUUCACUUUAUUUUUACUUUACAUUUUGUGUGGAAGAGGUAGUUGUGAAAGAAUCGCGAACAACGCAUACCAUCAGUUCAUGUCAGAAGUGUGAAGGUGACAUGUCCAGCCGUUAAGCUGUUAUGUGCAAUGUGGCUGAUGACGCACAACAAUUUACAAAAAUAUUCGUUUGUUCUGACUAUGAUCAGUGAGAGUGACUGUCAGGUUAUCAAAGAUAGCAAAAAUUAAGGUUGGAAACAAUGGCACUGCAAUUUACACUUCAGGCUUCCUGUCCGCGCACAAUCUUUAACUUUCGUACGCCUCCAUAAUGAAUUAAUAAACUCAUAAGAAGUUUGUAGCGGUCUGUCAGUUUUGAGGGAACCUUUCGAAGAAAUGUACCAAUGACAUCUGUGGAUUUCCAAUCAAUCACAGCUGAGUAGAACAGUUUAUAAGGUAACAUGUACCCGGCAGUCGACCUCAUCGCUUGAAAAAAGACUCUCAAUACAUUCAAUUCGAGAAAUCGCGAUCCACAUCUAAAGUGAUUACAUGGUGAGACAAAAGACUAUACUGUAGAUUAAAAAUUUGGAAGUUUGCCAGCAUUUUUUUCACGGACAUACUGGAUUUUGUUAAGAUUUGAAUGACGUCUGCUGGUGGCAACGCACCACGCAAGGACGUUUGACGGAAUAUGGAUUGUGAUAUGCACCUGGCUUGGCGCGCGACUUGGGGUUUCCAAAUACUUUGUUGCCAUAUUACUCGUACAAAUCGAGUGCCUAUAAGCGUAAUCGACCACGGAAUAGAUAGUGGGUGGCUUAGCCAAUCAUUUUACAGCAUAUGUGAACGUUAUUAGUUUAUUGUCCUGAGAGCCUUUCUCGAAGUCAUUCAGUUUGUUGAUUCUAAAUUUAUUCAAGUUUGUUUUCUAUUUUCUUGUACCAUCAGGCUGUGCGUUGAAAUGCUACCAGUGCUCUGGCACUGAAGAUACUUGCAGCAAGAGCAGACUGGAAAGUAACAAGGCCAUCUAUUUGAAGGAAUGUCCUUCCAUCGCUGACAGGUGCGCUAGGAGUUGGUCUAGGAGAGGUAACGUGAACGCUGUGGGGAACGACUGCGCCAACGAAGCCGUCUGUGACGCAGCAAAAGAGCUUUGUGACAAGCUUAAAGAUACUAUAAAGGACUACAAGUGCGGGGUUGGUUGCUGUACUGGCGAUGGCUGUAAUGCAGGCUCGCCUGUGACCUUCAGCUUCUUCCUGUUGAUCGUCUCCUCUGUGCUGGGCUUGGCGCUAAUGAAGUAG